AUGGAUCUGGAGAUGUCAUCCAAAAGAAGAGCAAAGGACGAGCAAUCGUCUGAAUCACCAUCUCUGAUGACGGAACUUCCCAAAGACGUCAUCGUUGAAAUCAUAGCGCGUGUACCGAGAAGUCACUAUCCAACACUAUCCUUCGUUUCCAAACACUUGGGGUCACUUGUAGUGUCGCCUGACAUAGACGCGAGACGAUCUUUGUUGGGCCUCACGGAACACUGCCUCUAUGUUAUCCUUCAUAGUGACAAAACCUCUGAUUGCCGUUUGUAUACUCUCUGCCGGAAAGCCAACGGCAAUAACUCUCUGGUCCUAAUCCCUUCGCUUCCCGUUAUGCCUCGCGUUGGAAGCUUUGUGGCGGUGGGUUCGAGGGUAUAUGUGUUUGGUGAGAUUGACGGUGCCUUAAGAGUCGUCGACUGUAAAACUCACAGGGUGCAACCUCUCUCGAGCAUUCCCGUGCCCAUGACUCACACAAUCGCUAACAUCAUCGAUGGGAGAAUCUACGUCAUUGGUUGUUAUAAAAAGAGGAAGCUGGUGGUGGUGUUCAAUACAGAAACACAAACUUGGGAGAAGCCUGUGAUGAUAAAGGUAGACAUUGAGCUAGGCGACGCGUGGCGUGGUUGUGUGGUGAUGGAUGAUAAGCUGUACGCGAGGGAUUCUGUUUACGAGCCAAAACGGACGAGAUGCUGA